AUGAAUGAAAAUAGAUCUACCUACUAUAACAGAGAUGUGGAGAGUGUAAGAGAUGAGGAGAGUGUAAGAGAUAAGGAGAUUGUAAGAGAUGAGGAGAGUGUAAGAGGUGUAAGAGAUGAGGAGAGUGUAAGAGAUAAGGAGAUUGUAAGAGAUGAGGAGAGUGUAAGAGAUGAAGAGAGUGUAAGAGAUGUGGAGAGUGUAAGAGAUGAGGAGAGUGUAAGAGAUGAGGAGAGUGUAAGAGAAGAGGCGAGUGUAAGAGAUGUAAGAGAUGAGGAGAGUGUAAGAGAUGAGGAGAGUGUAAGAGAAGAGGCGAGUGUAAGAGAUGUAAGAGAUGAGGAGAGUGUAAGAGAUGAGGAGAGUGUAAGAGAUGAGGAGAGUGUAAGAGAUGAGGAGAGUGUAAGAGAUGAGGAGAGUGUAAGAGGUGAGGAGAGUGUAAGAGAUGAGGAGGGUGUAAGAGAUGAGGAGAGUGUAGGAGAUGAGAAGAGUGUAAGAGAUGAGGAGAGUGUAAGAGAUGAGGAUAGUGUAAGAGAUGAGGAGAGUGUAAGAGAUGAGGAGAGUGUUAGAGAUGAGGAGAGUGUAAAAGAAGAGGAGAGUGUAAGAGAAGAGGCGCGUGUAAGAGAUGUAAGAGAUGAGGAGAGUGUAAGAGAUGUAAGAGAUGAGGAGAGUGUAAGAGAUGAGGAGAGUGAGAGUGUAAGAGAUGUAAGAGAUGAGGAGAGUGUAGGAGAUGAGGAGAGUGUAAGAGAUGAGGAGAGUGUAAGAGAUGUAAGAGAUGAGGAGAGUGUAAGAGAUGUAAGAGAUGAGAAGAGUGUAGGAGAUGAGGAAAGUGUAGGAGAUGAGGAGAGUGUAAGAGAUGUAAGAGAUGAGGAGAGUGUAGGAGAUGAGGAGAGUGUAAAAGGUGAGGAGAGUAGUGUAAGAGAUGAGGAGAGUGUAAGAGAUGAGGAGAGUGUAAGAGGUGAGGAGAGUGUAAGAGAUGUGGAGAGUGUAAGAGAUGAGGAGAGUGUAAGAGAUGAGGAGAGUGUAAGAGAAGAGGCGAGUGUAAGAGAUGUAAGAGAUGAGGAGAGUGUAAGAGAUGAGGAGAGUGUAAGAGAUGAGGAGAAUGUAAGAGAUGUAAGAGAUGUGGAGAGUAGUGUAAGAGAUGAGGAGAGUGUAAGAGAUGAGGAGAGUGUAAGAGGUGAGGAGAGUGUAAGAGAUGUGGAGAGUGUAAGAGAUGAGGAGAGUGUAAGAGAUGAGGAGAGUGUAAGAGAAGAGGCGAGUGUAAGAGAUGUAAGAGAUGAGGAGAGUGUAAGAGAUGAGGAGAGUGUAAGAGAUGAGGAGAAUGUAAGAGAUGUAAGAGAUGUGGAGAGUGUAAGAGAUGAGGAGAGUGUAAGAGAUGAGGAGAGUGUAAGAGGUGAGGAGAGUGUAAGAGGUGAGGAGGGUGUAAGAGAUGAGGAGAGUGUAGGAGAUGAGGAGAGUGUAAGAGAUGAGGAGAGUGUAAGAGGUGAGGAGAGUGUAAGAGGUGAGGAGGGUGUAAGAGAUGAGGAGAGUGUAGGAGAUGAGGAGAGUGUAAGAGAUGAGGAGAGUGAGAGUGUAAGAGAUGAGGAGAGUGUAAGAGAUGAGGAGAGUGUAAGAGAUGUAAGAGAUGUGGAGAUUGUAAGAGAUGAGGAGAGUGUAAGAGAUGAGGAGAGUGUAAGAGGUGAGGAGAGUGUAAGAGGUGAGGAGGGUGUAAGAGAUGAGGAGAUGGUAAGAGAUGAGGAGAGUGUAAGAGAUGAGUUGAGUGUAAGAGGUGAGGAGAGU